CCGGGGCCGCCUCCCGACAGUCCGCCCUCGCCGCUGCAGCCUCGGCGGCCGGCCGGCCGGCCAUGGAAGCCGAGCUCUCCCCAGGUCCGGGUCCGGGCUGUGAGCGCCCCCAGCUCCGCGCCGGCGGUMGGGACCCCAGUGCGCUACGGGCCGAGGCGCCAUGGCUGAGCGCGCAGGGCUCGGGCCCGCGCGCCGCGCCCGUGACGGUGCCGGCGCCGCCACAGGGCCCUUCUAUGGGCGGAGGUUUUGCGGGCUUGGAGUUCGCGCUGCCGCAGGAGCCGCUGGCUGCAGACCUAGGGACCCCGGGGACGUGGGCGGGGGCGGCUGGGCUCCCGACACCGUCGGUGCACAUCCCGGUGCCAGCGCAGAGAUCCCCCCCAGGAAAAGCUCGGCUAGAUGAGGUCCUGGCCGCGGCAGCCCUUACAAGCCUGUCUACUAGCCCCCUCUAUCUGGGGGCCCCUGCUGUAUCCUUCAGUCCAGAGCCUGACUUGGAACCCUGGAGGGAGGCCCUGACUCAGCCCACUGGCAGCUACAGCAGCAGCAGCAACAGUGGAGACUGCGUCUGGGACCAGGCCAGCGACCAGUCCUCCCCGUCCACACCAUCGCCCCCACUGCCCCCUGAGGCAGCCCACUUUCUGUUUGGGGAGCCCACUCAGAGGAAACGGAAGAGCGCGGUCCAGGUGGUGUUCCAGUGCCUGUGGAAGAGCUGCGGGAAGGUGCUGCGCACAGCCUCCGCCAUUCAGAGACACAUCCGCCUGGUGCACCUGGGGAGACGGGCAGAGCCUGAGCACAGUGAUGGUGAGGAGGACUUCUACUACACUGAGCUGGACAUUGGUGUGGACAUGCUGACCAAUGGGCUGUCCAACCUGGCCCCAACGUCCCCUGAGGCCCCUGUGCCGCCUGCCUUCCCCCACCUGGACCUGCCCAGCCUGCUGCGGCCCCUGGCCCUGCCCUUGCCCCUGCCCCCUUUGCUUAGCUCUGCAGCUCCUCCCAAGACAUGCCACGGUGACCAUGCCCACCAUGCUGGGGAGGCAACAGGUGGCAGCUGGGAACAAGUCUCAGGGCACUCUGGAGAGGAGCGAAAUCCAAGUUGCAGUUCCCCCCAGGGCUGCCUGGCACCCGUCCAUGUGGACCCACAGCCCACUGAGGGCCGGGCCACUGCACCAGCCCUGCCCUCCAAGCUUGGUGCCAGCUUGAGGAAGCCUCGCGGUGAUGCCAAGAAGUGCCGGAAGGUGUACGGCACGGAUCACCGGGACCUGUGGUGCACAGCCUGCCGCUGGAAGAAGGCUUGUCAGCGGUUCCUGGACUGAGCCCACUGGCCCUGCUGUCCCGCCUCCUGUCCUGGGCAAUCACCAGGCCUUGCCUCUUCUAGCUGUGGGGCUACUUCCUAAGGCAGGAGACAGUAGGGGAGAUGGUGACCCUGGGCCCCAGCAGUGGGGAAAGGGGUCCUGCUAUUCAAAGUGCCUCUGAAGAAGCCAGCGUUUUUGCACUAAAGCCAAAUAACAUCACUGUCCCCUUGGCCCCAGGACUGUUGCCCCCCUGCCUGUUGGCCCAGGACUGGCCAAGGAUAUUGGCAGGCCAGCUGUAGGGUUUGGUCCAAGAGGCACUUUGAGGGGUGUUGAGAAGGGGACUCCCAUACUUACACCUAAUGCAGUGGUUUAGGGGCCAGGGCUGACUUUUUCCAUGUUUCUGAAGCUCAGGUGUCUCACGUCUGGGCCACCAGGCGAGGAGAAAAAUUAAAAAUUGGGUUUUUUUUCCAGAAGCUGAGUCUGCCUCCUGGAGGGAAGGAAUGGGUCCAGGACCUUGUGGGCAGGGAUGGGGGGAGGCCACAGGGCUGGGGGUCUCCAGUCCAGCCCCCUGUAUCCAAGAUGAGGCCGAGGAGGGGGCUAUCUGAAACACAGGAGGCAUCUGCUGGGAGCAGCAAUUUCCCAAUUUAUUGAAAGUAAUCGCUUUGCAAGAAUGUCUAUGCUAAUCCCGUCACAGAAAGGAACCCCACAGGCAGGCCUGGAGCCUUUGGAGGCAAGCAAGAAACUCCAGACCCUCUGUAGAGAAGAGAAGGUGAUGCUGGCUGCUGGCCUGGCCUCUGGCUACCAAGACCUAGGCGGCAGCAGCUGUGAUUUUCCACCAAUGGACUAAAAAACCUCCCCAAAUAUUAAAUACAUCUCCAGUACAAACACAGGUUUAUAAUAAUAUAUAAAGUCGAUAUGAUAGAGCAUCCCAAGAAAAAAAUCAACAGUCUCCAAAUACUGCCUUUUU